CAUUUAGUAUAUAAUGGUGCUCUGGAGGCUGGAAAAAGAGCAGAGGAAAUGGAACGACGAGCAUUGCUGACAUUGAGCUACGCUUUCUUAUUGCUUAUUUUGGGAGUGCUUGGUGCUGAGAACUACAGCAGACAUGAUUUCCCUCCUCAAUUUGUUUUCGGAUCAGGAACCUCUGCUUAUCAGGUGGAAGGAGCUGCUAACGAAGAUGGAAGAACUCCUAGCAUCUGGGAUACCUUUGCCCACGCUGUGUAUGCGCAUGGAGAAGAUGGAGAUGUAGCAUGUGAUGGGUAUCACAAGUAUAAGGAAGAUGUGCGGCUUAUGGUGGAAACAGGCCUUGAUGCCUAUAGAUUUUCCAUUUCAUGGUCCAGAUUGUUGCCAAAUGGUAGAGGGCCCGUCAAUCCUAAAGGAUUACAGUACUACAACAACCUCAUCAAUGAACUCAUCAGCAAUGGAAUCCAACCACAUGCCACGCUACACAACUUUGAUCUUCCACAAGUACUUGAAGAUGAAUAUGGAGGAUGGGUUAAUCGUGACAUCAUAAGGGACUUCACAUACUAUGCAGAUGUGUGUUUUAGAGAGUUUGGUGACAGAGUAUUGUAUUGGACCACCAUCAACGAGCCCAAUGUUUUUGCCAUUGGUGGUUAUGAUAAGGGAAACAGCCCACCGCAACGAUGUUCUCUCCCAUUUUGUGCAAUAGAUAGUGGUAGGGGCAACUCAACAUAUGAGCCCUACUUUGUAGUUCAUCAUAUUUUGUUAGCACAUUCUUCAGCUGCGAGACUGUACCGGAGGAAAUACAGGGACAAACAACAUGGAUUUGUUGGUAUCUCUGUGUACACAUAUGGGAUUUUUCCUCUAACAAAUACAGAAAAAGACAGGCUAGCAUCUCAAAGAGUCCGUGAUUUUUUGAUUGGUUGGAUUAUAGAACCCUUGCUGUAUGGAGACUAUCCCAUUUCCAUGAAGACAAAUGCAGGUGAAAGAAUUCCAACUUUCACAAUUCGCGAAUCCGAACAAGUUAAGGGUUCAUAUGACUUCAUAGGCGUAAUUCACUACACGAAUUCUAAUGUCACAGACAACUCUGAUGCUCUUGAGAACCAACUGAGAGAUUACAGUGCAGACAUGGCUGCAAAGAUAUUAGGAGAGGGGGAUCUGUUUACAAAUAAAGAGUACGCUGUCACACCGUGGGGUUUGCGACAAGAGUUGAAUAAUUUCAAGCUUCUUUAUGGCAAUCCUCCUAUAUUCAUCCAUGAAAAUGGACAACGGACACCAAGCAAUUCGUCACUGCAAGACGUGUCAAGGGUGAAAUACUUGCAUGGAUAUAUUGGGGGCGUUCUUGAUGCCUUGAGAGAUGGAUCAAAUAUAAAGGGGUAUUUUGCAUGGUCUUUCCUGGAUUUGUUUGAGUUGCUGGAUCAAUACAAGUCGAGCUAUGGCCUAUACUACGUUGAUAGAAAUGAUCCAGAGUUGAAGAGAUACCCAAAGCUUUCUGCAAAAUGGUACAGCCAGUUUUUGAAAGGAAAAAAUGCCUCUAUAGUUGAAGUUAUUGAACUUGAGAAGGAUCCAUCCCUUGUUUCUGUUGGCCACUUAUUUGGUUAGGUUCUUUAAUUUUGUUUUCACAAGAUCAUUAUUUAGUGGUGUUAUUAGCAAAGACGGACCUAUGGCUAUGGGAC